UGUAUAACCUGGCCGGGAGAGAAUAAAACCCAUUGUUCGUAUUUAAGAAAUCCCAUAUAUAAUGAUAACUCCUUGUCAAAAGAGUUCCUCGGUGAGUACAAUCUUCAGGUGUCUUUUGGUUUUGAUCAAACGUUCUAUUCAGUUCUCUUUUCUUGCUCUUUUCUAAUGAUAAAAUCUCCUUUCUGGUUAAUUUCACUUAAGUAAAAAAUGAAUUAAAGAGUAUCUCUUCCUUUCAUAGGUCUCUAGCUAGAGUUUAUAUUAGGUUUUAUAUUAAUAAUAAAUAAAUAAAGUCAAGACUCAAGAAGAAGAACUAGAUAUGGUGAGAACACCAUGUUGCAAAGAAGAAGGAAUAAAGAAAGGAGCUUGGACUCCUGAAGAAGAUCAAAAGCUUAUUGCUUAUCUUCAACUACAUGGUGAAGGUGGAUGGCGUACUCUCCCGGAGAAAGCUGGAUUGAAGAGAUGUGGGAAGAGUUGUAGACUGAGAUGGGCUAAUUAUCUAAGACCCGACAUCAAGAGAGGAGAGUUUACUCCUGAAGAAGACGACACUAUUAUCAAGCUUCAUGCUCUUAUGGGUAACAAGUGGGCCGCAAUUGCAAGUAGCUUGGCGGGACGAACUGACAACGACAUUAAAAAUUAUUGGAACACAAACCUCAAGAAGCGUUUAAAACAAAAAGGUCUUGAUCCAAUCACUCACAAACCGAUCAAUCCAACCGGUUUCGAACCAGUAAACCAUAAACUCGGUUCAUCCGGUUCCGCAAGGCUUCUUAACCGGGUCGCAAAGAAAUACGCGGUAGACGUAAACCGGGAUCUACUAACCGGGAUAAUCAUCGGAAAGUCCACAAUCAUCGCUGAAGAUUCACAAAACUCCAGCGAUACUGAACAUUCAACGUCCACACUGCUCAAAACGGUGGCAAAACCAAGUGCUCGGGCGACUUCUCCCGGUUCUUUCUCCGAUGAUCUUGACGUAUUCUUUAGCAACGAAGAGAUCUCUGAUAUGUAUACGAAUGUGGAUAAUGUUGGCCUUAUGGAAGAGUUAAAGAGUAUUUUAAGCUACGCCGGAGAUAUUAAAGAUUCGCCGGAGUAUAACGUAAGUGAUGAGAUGGAGUUUCUUGAUUCUUGGAACGAAGAAGAUGGUUUGGACUUGGAGAAUUGUUUCUAGGUUCGCUAGAUUCCAAGACUGGUGUCUUUGUUUGACGGGUGACGCGUCGAAAAUAAAAUCAACUACACGUUGGUUUUUUCUUUAAUCCAUCGAUAUAGUGUCGUCACGUGGAGAAAAUAGUGAGGUGUUGUAAUAAAUUUAAUAAUAACCGUGCGUUUAUCGUAAUUUCUCAA